AUGAAUGCUCUCGUCUUUACAUCGGAAGAACAAAAAUUGAUUGUUGAAGUAAAGAAUAAGCUUACCAUUGCUAAUCUUUCUUCUAAAUAUCCAGAUAUUGCUGAUCUUUUACCAAAAUUAAAUGAUUUUAUGCAAAGAUCUGAAGUUAAUGAUGAUGUUUUUUAUGUUAGAUGGUUGAGAGCCUACAGUGGAAAUGUUGAUAAGACUAUCAGUGGUAUUAUUGAAUUAAUUAGAUGGAGACAAAGAAUGAAUUUAGAUCAAUCAAAAUUAACUAGAUUUGUUGAAUUAUUUCCUAAACUUGAAGAAUUUUUAUGUUUUAUGGGUUCUGAUAAAGAAGGAUGUCCAUGUUUAUGUUUAGCAAUUUCAAACUUUGUACCAGGAACUUUACAGCCAUAUGAAUUGAUUGAAGAACUUGUUGGAUUUGUAUUAGAAGUUGCAUUCCAUGAAUUAAGAUUACAAACUGGUGGAAAGUUAGAAAAAUUUGUUGUUGUUAUUGAUUAUAAAGGAUGGUCAUUAUCAUGUGUAGAUACUAAAUUGGAUAAAUCAAUUCUUGGAACUUGUCAAAAUUAUUUCCCUGAAAGAUUGAAGUUGGCAACAUUAAUGCGUGCACCAUGGUUAUUCUCAACUGCUUGGGCAGUAGCUAAAUUGUUCCUUGAUGAAAAGACAACUGAAAAGAUUUCAUUUGUUUAUGAAAGUGAUAUGUUAAGUGAAUUGAGAAAGAACUUUGAUGAUAGCACUAUUUUGAAAAAGUUUGGUGGACAAGCUGAAAAGGCUAAAACACUCAAAGAAUAUUUAGAAGAAAGAUUAUCAAAUGAUGAAACUUUAUUAGACUAUUAUAAUAAGAGACCUGUAAGAAGCGUUGAAUAA